GCUCUCAAAGUCAAUUCAAUUUGUUUGCUCAGUGGCGCAGAUCAUAUUUGGCGGAAUAAAGUUCGUGAAAAUUAACACAAUCGACCGGUUGUCCAUAUUGUUCAGCACCUUAUUUAAACCUAAAUCAAGUAUGCCGCUUAAUCUUAAUAUAAAGAAAGUGCUGGUCUGCGAUGCAGUGGACAAAUCCUGCGUGGAGCUGCUGGAACAGCACGGUAUUAAUGUUACCUACAAACUGAAACUCCCCAUGGCGGAACUAUGUGACGAAGUUAAGAAUUACGACGCGGCCAUCGUUCGCUCGGAUACGAAAAUAACCGCGGAAGUUUUGGCCGCCGGAGCCGGCAGUCUUAAGGUUGUUGGCCGCGCUGGGGCAGGAGUUGAUAACAUCGAUGUUCCCGCAGCCACGGCCCACAAUGUCGUUGUCCUGAACACUCCGGGUGGCAAUUCUAUUUCGGCCUGUGAGCUGACGUGCAUCCUAAUUGGCUCCCUGGCCCGUCCCGUCGUCCCCGCUGGCCAGAGCAUGAAGGAGGGUCGCUGGGACAGGAAGCUAUACGCCGGCACCGAGCUCUACGGCAAAACCCUGGCCGUCCUCGGACUGGGGCGCAUUGGCCGCGAGGUUGCCGUUCGCAUGAAGACCUGGGGCAUGCGGAUUAUUGGAUACGAUCCCAUCACCACGGAGGCGGAGGCCAAGGCAGCGGGCAUCGAGAAGAUGACGCUGGAGGAGAUCUGGCCACUGGCCGAUUACAUAACCGUGCACACGCCGCUAAUCCCAGCCACCAGAAAUCUCAUUUCGACGGAGACCCUGGCGAAGUGCAAGCAGGGCGUCAAAGUGGUCAAUGUGGCACGCGGUGGCAUCAUCGAUGAGCAGGCCGUGCUGGAUGGCCUUGAGAGUGGAAAAGUGGCCGGCGCUGCCUUCGACGUUUACCCCGAGGAGCCACCGAAGUCUGCGGUCACCAAGGCGCUCAUCGGCCACCCUAAGGUGGUGGCCACGCCCCAUUUGGGGGCCAGCACCUCGGAGGCUCAGGUUCGCGUGGCCGUGGAGGUUGCCGAGCAGUUUAUCGCCCUCAACGGGACCUCGCCGAAAUACACCAGCUAUGCGGGCGUUAUCAACAAGGAUGCCCUCGCCCACUACCAGUGAAACAAAUCGAAUUUUCUAACCCCCAGCACAUUCUAAGUUCUUUGGUCAUCAUUUAUGAAUAAGUUUACAACAGUCUUUGUAAAUACAAAUAAGAAUGAAUAAAAAUCGUAAAAUUAUAUUACACAGAACAAAGGAA